UGUGAGCCUCUGUUCAUUCAACAGACUAUAUAUUUUAAUCACCAAUAAUUGUCCUAAAAUUUCAGAUUAUAAUGCCCCAAAAGAUCAACUUUUAAUCAGUUAUUGGUUACAAUUUGAGGGGCCCUGUGUCCAGAUUAAAUGCAGUGUGACUUAAUCCUAUGGAUCCUGCAGUUUGCUAAGCAGCAGCUUCUCCUGGCAUGAGCCGCCACAAAUCUGCUCAUCGGACAGAUUGAGACCGUGCUUUGUGCCCUGCAGCUGUAUUAAGAAGAAGGAGAACACAGAAAGCUUGCUUCCCCAGAGAUAAAAGGAAGACUUAUGAGGCAUGGAAUCUUCCAUCAGGUUUGGAAGAAAGUAGAGUGAAUGCGGAGAUGCCAGACUGCCACUAAGACCCAUGGACAAUUCUGCACUCACAUUUCUCUAUCGAACUUUAAGAUUUGUGAGUAAUAUGUUGCCUUUGCAAGAUGAAAAGAAACUAAUGCCAAGCAGGCAUAUUCUUCAAUAUUUGGAAUAGACGUGCUUUCAAGACCAUGGCUUCAAAGGUCUCCUGUUUAUAUGUUUUGACAGUUGUGUGCUGGGCCAGCGCACUCUGGUACUUGAGUGUAACGCGUCCUACAUCCUCCUACACUGGCUCCAAGCCAUUCAGCCACCUAACAGUUGCCAGGAAAAACUUUACCUUUGGCAACAUAAGAACUCGACCUAUAAACCCACAUUCUUUUGAAUUUCUUAUAAAUGAACCCAACAAAUGUGAGAAAAAUAUUCCUUUUCUUGUUAUCCUCAUCAGCACCACCCACAAAGAGUUCGAUGCCCGCCAGGCAAUCCGAGAGACAUGGGGGGAUGAGAACAACUUUAAAGGGAUCAAGAUAGCCACUCUCUUCCUCCUGGGCAAGAAUGCUGAUCCUGUUCUGAAUCAGAUGGUGGAGCAAGAGAGCCAAAUCUUCCAUGACAUUAUCGUGGAGGACUUCAUUGACUCCUACCAUAACCUUACCCUCAAAACAUUAAUGGGGAUGAGAUGGGUGGCCACUUUUUGUUCAAAAGCCAAAUAUGUCAUGAAAACAGACAGUGACAUUUUUGUAAACAUGGACAACCUUAUUUAUAAACUACUAAAACCCUCCACCAAGCCAAGAAGAAGGUAUUUUACUGGCUACGUCAUCAACGGAGGGCCAAUCCGGGACGUCCGCAGUAAGUGGUAUAUGCCCAGGGAUUUGUACCCUGACAGUAAUUACCCACCAUUCUGUUCGGGGACUGGCUAUAUCUUUUCAGCCGACGUGGCGGAACUCAUUUACAAGACCUCACUCCACACAAGGCUGCUUCACCUUGAAGAUGUAUAUGUGGGACUAUGUCUUCGAAAACUGGGCAUACAUCCUUUCCAGAACAGUGGCUUCAAUCACUGGAAAAUGGCCUACAGUUUGUGUAGGUAUCGCCGAGUUAUCACCGUGCAUCAGAUCUCUCCAGAAGAAAUGCACAGAAUCUGGAAUGACAUGUCAAGCAAGAAACAUCUCAGAUGUUAGCAUUUUUACCAAUGUAAAUAUGUUUCUUUCCUUUUUUAAGAAAUGGGGCCGCGGGUGUUGGCAUUUUACAGGCAUCACCAAUGGAUAUGAACUGGUGAAGGGGUUUUGUAAAAAGUUUUUUUCUUCCCACUCCUAGUUCCUUUCUUGGAUUACCAAUUUGCAAAUGUUAGGCUCUGGUCAUAGAAACAAUACCUGAGUUAGAAGGGUCAGAUUUCGUUCUCAGGUCCUAAGGAAUUGCAUUUAUCCCAAAAAGCAACUUCCUAACAACUGCUAGGAUUUCCAUACUGUGCAUCUGAGAGAAAAAUCUGGUUCUGGGAAACUGAAACUCACGGUAAUGUCUUCACAUCGUCUCUGCAAAAAUAAAUAAAUAAGUAAAUAACUCUUUUUCAAAAACAAUUCAGAAAUAAUGCACAGUCAGGAAAACACACUGGAUGUGAUUAUUAAUAUUGUGUGUGCCGUUACAUUGAAUUUUUGCAUAUAUUGCCAUGUAAUGUGUACAGUAUUUGCGGUUCCACCAAGAAAUGAACUUAGUCCUGGCAGGGAGGCUGCAGUUAAAUAAAUGGAAAUUUAAACUUGAGAAUCAAAUAUUCUGUAUGUUUGGAAGAUAACUCUGCUUGCUCAUCCAAGAAUUAAACCUGGUCAGCGGGUGGAAUGUAUAUAAAAUGCUACUUAACAAAAUAAACAAGAUAAUUUUUUUUUUCUAUUUUGCUCUUUCAGAACAAACAUUACUUGGUGCCUCCAAGGAGACUUUGCCAAAUGUAAUCUCACCUGCUUCCCUCCGUGCCAUGUCGCUAAGCGCAUUUUACAUUUUCUGGCUCAG